GAGAGAGAGCGCGAGAGAGAGGGGGGGAGAGAGAGAGAGAGAGAUAUCUCAGGUCAUCUGCAGCUGCAGCGAGUCUGAGGAGCCGAGGAAGGCAGGGAAGAUGGCGAUCCUCCAUUGCUGAGACCCGGCAGAAGCACAUGAGACUCCCAAACAACUUCCACAACAAUAACCCGAGCAGGAAGAGGAGAAAGAGAAAGAGGAUCAGGAGGCGGUGGGGCUGGAGAGCCCGAAGCACCUCCCGGCGCCGGGACGCUUCUUCUGUUCCUAAUGUGAGAGGGUAGCCCCAGAUCAUGGAGGUCCUUCAGUGUGAUGGCUGUGACUUCAGAGCCCCAUCUUACGAAGAUCUCAAGGCACACAUCCAGGAUGUCCACACCGCAUUCCUGCAGCCCACUGAUGUCGCGGAGGACAAUGAAAAUGAGCCCCGAUCCGGGUCCAUGAAUGCUGGGAAUCAGACAGAAGUGGAAUUUUCUUCAGUAAAGGAUGAAUUUGCCAUUGCAGAGGAUUUAUCAGGUCAAAAUGCAACUGCAUUGGGGACCGGAAGUUACUAUGGCCACAGUCCAGGAUAUUAUGGUCAGCAUAUUUCCCCUAAUCCCAAACCAACAAACAAGUUUUUUCAAUGCAAGUUCUGCGUACGCUACUUCAGGUCAAAAAAUCUCCUCAUAGAACACACUAGGAAGGUCCAUGGAGCUCAAGCUGAAGGGAGUUCGGCUGGACCACCUGUCCCCGGAUCCUUAAAUUAUAAUAUUAUGAUGCACGAGGGAUUUGGAAAGGUCUUCUCUUGCCAGUUUUGCACAUACAAGUCGCCAAGGAGGGCAAGAAUCUUGAAGCAUCAGAAGAUGUAUCACAAAAACAGUCUAAAGGAGACCACCGCUCCUCCACCUGAUCCUGAUCCCCUGCCAGAUCCUGUGGUCCCGCCUCUGUCCCUGCAGGACCCCUGCAAGGAACUCCCAGCGGAGGUUGUAGAGCGUAGCAUCUUAGAAUCCAUGGUCAAACCUUUGACGAAGUCUCGAGGCAACUUCUGCUGUGAGUGGUGCAGCUACCAGACGCCCCGGCGAGAACGCUGGUGUGACCACAUGAUGAAGAAACACCGUAGUAUGGUCAAAAUCCUUUCCAGUCUGAGGCAGCAGCAGGAAGGGACUAAUCUACCUGAUGUGCAGAAGAAUCCUCCAAGCCCCACAUCCAACUCCAGCUACCUAUCCAUGAAUGCUGCAAGCCGGGAGAUACCCAGCACUAACGUAUCUAACUACAGGGGCUCCAUCGGCAACUCCAUCAUGAGACCCAAUUCUUCCACUUCCAAGUAUUCGCCCAUGUCUUACCCUCAGAUGAAGCCGAAGUCACCUCAUAAUUCUGGUCUCAUUAACUUAGCAGAGAGAUCGCGGUAUGGAAUGACUGACAUGACCAAUUCUUCUACUGACCUGGAAACUAACAGCAUCCUAAAUGACUCUAGUUCUGAUGAAGAAUUAAAUGAAAUAGACAGUGAGAACGGUUUGAGUGUGAUGGAUCACCAGACAUCAGGCCUGUCGGCUGAGCAGCUGAUGAGCUCAGAUGGCAACAAAUUAUUGGAGACCAAGGGGAUUCCAUUUAGAAGGUUCAUGAAUAGAUUCCAGUGCCCCUUUUGUCCUUUCCUGACCAUGCACCGGCGUAGCAUCUCCCGCCACAUAGAAAACAUCCACUUGUCUGGGAAGACCGCUGUCUACAAAUGUGACGAGUGUCCGUUUACUUGCAAGAGUUCAUUAAAACUUGGGGCUCAUAAACAGUGUCACACGGGUACAACGUCAGAUUGGGAUGCUGUGAAUUCCCAGAGUGAAUGCAUUUCUUCCUCACUGAACGAAGGCGUGGUGUCUUUCGAGAGCUCGAGCAUCAAUGGUAGAAAGUCAGGGGUCCUGUUGGACCCUUUGCAGCAACAGCAGCCGCCACAGCCACCACCACCACUACCACCACCACCACCACCACCAUCACAGCCACUACAACAGUCACAACCACCACAGCUACAGCCACCACAUCAGAUGCCCCCUCAGCCACAGCCGCCACCUACCCAGCAGCCACAGCCCCCCACGCCAGCCCCACCUCUGCACCCUUAUAAGUGUACCAUGUGUAGUUACUCCACCACCACUCUGAAAGGGCUAAGAGUCCAUCAGCAGCACAAGCAUUCAUUCUGUGACAACUUGCCAAAAUUCGAGGGGCAGCCCUCAAGCCUACCACUGGAAAACGAGACAGACAGCCUCCCCUCUUCCAGCAACACUGUGAAGAAAAGUCAGACCUCAAUUCUUGGGUUGUCCUCCAAGAACAAUUUUGUAGCUAAAGCCUCUAGGAAGCUCGCUAAUGACUUCCCUCUUGAUUUAUCCCCUGUGAAGAAGAGAACUAGAAUUGACGAGAUAGCAAGCAACCUGCAGAGCAAGAUCAACCAAACCAAACAGCAAGAAGAUGCGGUGAUCAACGUUGAGGAUGACGAGGAGGAAGAGGAAGACAAUGAAGUGGAGAUAGAGGUCGAGCUGGACAGGGAAGAAGAGCCCACAGAAGCCAUCCUGGAGAUCCCCACUGCUUUUUCAGCCCAACAGAUUUGGGCCAGAGAUACCACUGAGCCCCAGAAAGAGCCCAACUUCCGAACUAUCGCCCACGAUUACAAUGCCACCAAUGGGGCUGAGAUUGAGCUGACCCUUUCUGAAGAUGAAGAAGAUUACUACGGUUCCUCAACAAACAUGAAAGACCAUCAAGUCUCCAAUACUGCUUUGCUAAGUACCCCAACUCCUAUCUAUGGAACUGAGCACAGUAAUGAAAAUACAGACUUUGGUGACUCUGGAAGACUGUACUAUUGUAAACACUGUGAUUUUAACAACAAAUCUGCCCGGAGUGUUAGCACCCACUACCAGCGAAUGCACCCAUACAUUAAAUUCAGCUUUAGGUACAUCUUGGACCCAAAUGAUCACAGUGCUGUGUACAGGUGCCUGGAAUGCUACAUCGAUUACACCAACUUUGAAGAUCUCCAGCAGCAUUAUGGGGAACACCACCCCGAAGCCAUGAAUGUACUCAACUUUGAUCAUUCGGAUCUGAUCUACCGGUGUCGGUUUUGUUCCUACACGAGCCCGAAUGUUAGAAGCCUGAUGCCGCAUUACCAAAGAAUGCAUCCCACAGUGAAGAUCAACAAUGCCAUGAUAUUUUCUAGCUACGUGGUGGAGCAGCAGGAAGGGCUGAACACAGAAUCUCAGACCUUGAGGGAGAUUCUGAAUUCGGCUCCCAAGAACAUGGCGACGUCCACUCCUGUGGCUCGUGGUGGUGGUGGUGGUUUGCCCUCUCCGUUUAGUAAAAACACACCUUCAAAGACUUUUACUCCAGAAUGUGAAAACCAGAAGGACCCUGCGGUCAACACCGUUGUCGUGUAUGAUUGUGAUGUGUGCUCAUUUGCCAGUCCCAACAUGCAUUCUGUCUUGGUUCAUUAUCAGAAGAAACACCCUGAAGAAAAGGCCUCCUACUUUAGGAUCCAGAAAACCAUGCGCAUGGUGUCUGUGGACAGGGGCUCUGCCCUUUCCCAAUUAUCAUUUGAGGUGGGUGCUCCAAUGUCUCCCAAAAUGUCCAACAUGGGUUCCCCACCCCCCCCACAGCCCCCACCACCAGACCUCAGUAUUGAGCUUUACUACUGCAAACACUGUUCCUACAGCAAUCGGUCAGUUGUGGGAGUGCUUGUUCACUACCAGAAAAGACACCCAGAAAUAAAGGUCACUGCCAAAUAUAUCAGACAGGCUCCUCCCACAGCUGCAAUGAUGAGAGGGGUCGAAGGGCCCCAAGACUCCCUUCGGCCUCCUGUCUCCAUGCAGCCGCUGAACCGGAGCAGUGCGGAGAGAGAUGGCCCUCCUGUGGAGAAUGAGAUGUUCUUUUGCCAGCAUUGUGAUUACGGGAACCGGACGGUCAAAGGUGUCCUCAUUCAUUAUCAGAAGAAGCACCGAGACUUCAAGGCCAACGCAGAUGUGAUCCGCCAGCACACAGCCACCAUCCGAAGCCUCUGUGACCGGAACCAGAAGAACUCGGCCAGUUGUGUGCUGCUUUCCCCUUCUGGUAUAGAGCGAGAUAAGACGAAGCUCCGAGCACUCAAGUGUAGGCAGUGUUCUUAUACCUCCCCCUAUUUCUAUGCACUGAGGAAGCAUAUCAAGAAAGACCACCCUGCCCUGAAGGCCACGGUCACGUCCAUCAUGCGAUGGGCGUUUCUAGAUGGCUUGAUAGAAGCUGGCUACCACUGCGAGUGGUGCAUUUACUCCCACACGGAGCCCAAUGGGCUGCUCCUGCACUACCAAAGGAGGCAUCCAGAGCAUUAUGUAGAUUAUACUUAUAUGGCGACCAAACUCUGGGCUGGGCCAGACCCAUCGUCUCCCUCUCUCGCCAUGCCAGCUGAAGCCAAAACGUACAGAUGUAGGGACUGUGUUUUUGAAGCUGUCUCUAUCUGGGACAUCACCAAUCAUUAUCAAGCCUUCCACCCCUGGUCCAUGAAUGGUGAUGAGUCCGUGCUGCUGGAUAUUAUCAAGGAGAAAGAUGUGGUUGAGAAACCCAUCCUUCCGUCCGAAGACUUGAUAGGUCCUGUGAAUUGUGAAAACAGUCUCCCCACCCCACUCCCCGAGCAGGAAGCUGAAUGCCCAGAGGAUGCAAGACUUUCCCCAGAGAAAACCUUGCAUCUGGCUUCAGCGAACCCUGCCAUCUCCUCUACCCCGUACCAGUGCACGGUGUGCCAGUCCGAGUAUAACAACCUGCACGGGCUCCUCACGCAUUAUGGGAAGAAGCACCCUGGCAUGAAAGUGAAGGCUGCCGACUUUGCCCAGGACAUCGACAUCAACCCCGGUGCGGUCUACAAAUGCAGGCAUUGUCCAUACAUCAACACCCGCAUCCACGGCGUGCUGACCCAUUAUCAGAAGCGACACCCGGCCAUCAAGGUGACCGCUGAGGACUUUGUGCACGACGUGGAGCAGUCGACUGACCUGUCCCAGAAUGACGUGGAAGAGACGAGCAGGAUUUUCAAACAGGGGUACGGCGCCUACCGGUGUAAGCUGUGCCCCUACACGCAUGGCACCUUGGAGAAACUCAAGAUCCAUUACGAGAAGUACCACAACCAGCCAGAAUUUGAUGUCUUUUCCCCAUCGCCCCCAAAGCUGCCAGUUUCCCUUGAGCCAGAGAUAACCACUGAAGUGAGCCCCUCCCAAAUCUCCAUCACCGAGGAGGAGGUGGGAGAAGAGUCCAUGUCCACUUCUCACUUCUCUACCUCGCACCUGGUCUCCCACACUGUGUUCCGGUGCCAGCUCUGCAAGUACUUCUGCUCCACCAGGAAGGGUAUCGCCAGGCAUUACCGGAUCAAGCACAACAAUGUCCGUGCCCAGCCAGAGGGCAAGAACAACCUCUUCAAGUGUGCCCUGUGUGCCUACACCAACCCCAUCCGUAAAGGGCUGGCUGCCCACUACCAGAAGCGCCACGACAUCGAUGCCUACUACACCCACUGCCUGGCAGCCUCCCGGACCAUCAGUGACAAGCCCAACAAGGUGAUCAUCCCAUCGCCACCCAAAGAUGACUCCCCACAGCUGAGCGAGGAACUCCGGCGGGCAGUGGAGAAGAAAAAGUGCUCCUUGUGUUCCUUCCAGUCGUUCAGCAAGAAGGGUAUCGUGUCCCAUUACAUGAAGCGUCAUCCAGGAGUGUUCCCAAAGAAGCAGCAUGCCAGCAAGUUGGGAGGCUACUUCACAGCUGUGUAUGCGGACGAACACGAGAAGCCCCCGCUGAUGGAAGAGGAGGAGAGAGGCAGCUUUGAGAAAGCCGAGGUGGAGGGCGAAGCUCAGGAAAUCGAGUGGCUCCCGUUUCGCUGUAUCAAAUGCUUCAAGCUGUCCUUCAGCACGGCCGAGCUGCUGUGCAUGCAUUACACCGAUCACCACAGCCGGGACCUGAAGAGGGACUUCGUCAUUCUAAGCAAUGCCCCCCGCCUGCAGAACGCUACCUACCAGUGUAAGCACUGUGAUAGCAAAUUGCAAAGCAUAGCAGAGCUGACCUCACAUUUGAACAUUCACAAUGAGGAAUUCCAGAAGCGUGCCAAACGCCAGGAGAGGAGGAAACAGCUUUUGAGCAAGCAGAAAUAUGCAGAUGGUGCUUUUGCAGAUUUCAAACAAGAGAGGCCUUUUGGUCAUUUAGAAGAGGUGCCAAAGAUCAAGGAGAGGAAAGUGGUGGGCUACAAGUGUAAAUUCUGUGUGGAAGUGCACCCAACGCUCCGAGCCAUCUGCAAUCACCUACGGAAGCACGUCCAGUAUGGCAGCGUCCCGGCCGUGAAGGGGCUGCGUUCUCAUGAGAGGAGCCAUCUGGCCCUGGCCAUGUUUACCCGAGAGGACAAGUACAGCUGCCAGUAUUGUUCCUUUGUUUCUGCUUUCAGGCACAAUUUGGAUCGCCAUAUGCAGACCCACCACGGACACCAUAAACCAUUCCGCUGCAAACUCUGCUCCUUCAAGUCCUCCUACAACAGCCGGCUGAAAACGCACAUACUCAAAGCUCAUGCUGGUGAACAUGCCUACAAGUGUUCUUGGUGCUCAUUCUCUACCAUGACCAUCAGCCAGUUGAAGGAACAUUCCCUCAAAGUCCACGGAAAAUCCCUGACCCUCCCCCGGCCACGGAUUGUCAGUCUCCUCUCCUCACAUGCCCACCACGCCUCACAAAAGACUACCCCAGCUGAAGAAGUAGAAGACUCCAAUGACUCUUCCUACUCCGAACCCCCUGAUGUCCAGCAGCAGCUGAACCACUAUCAGUCAGCUGCCUUGGCGAGAAACAACAGCAGGGUUAGCCCUGUGUCUCUUUCUGGGGCUGCUGCUGGCUCCGAGCAGAAAAGCGAAGCUGUUCUUCACUGCGAAUUCUGUGAAUUCUCCUCUGGCUACAUCCAGAGCAUCAGGCGCCACUACCGGGAUAAGCAUGGCGGGAAGAAGCUUUUCAAGUGCAAAGACUGCACCUUUUACACAGGCUUUAAAUCUGCUUUUACUAUGCACGUGGAAGCUGGGCAUUCAGCCGUUCCUGAGGAGGGUCCCAAAGAUCUCCGCUGUCCUCUCUGCCUCUAUCACACCAAAUACAAGCGCAACAUGAUCGACCACAUCGUGCUGCACCGAGAAGAGCGAGUUGUCCCCAUUGAAGUAUGCCGGUCCAAACUGUCAAAAUACUUGCAGGGAGUAGUGUUCCGUUGUGACAAGUGCACUUUCACCUGCUCCAGCGACGAGAGCCUGCAGCAGCACAUCGAGAAGCACAAUGAGCUGAAACCUUACAAAUGCCAGCUCUGCUACUAUGAGAGCAAGCACACGGAGGAGCUGGAUGGGCACCUUCGGGAUGAGCAUAAGGUAAGCCGUAACUUUGAGCUUGUUGGACGGGUUAACUUGGAUCAGCUGGAACAGAUGAAGGAAAAAAUGGAGAGUUCCAGCAGCGACGAUGAGGACAAGGACGACGAAAUGAGCAGCAAGGCUGAAGACAGAGAGCUGAUGGGAUUCUCAGACCAUGGAGUGCCUGUGAACAGCGAGAAGCGUUUUCCAUGUGAAUUCUGUGGACGGGCAUUUUCACAGGGCUCUGAGUGGGAGAGACAUGUGUUGAGACAUGGCAUGGCAUUGAAUGACACCAAGCAAAUAAGCAGAGAAGAGGUGCACCCAAAAGAAAUGAUGGAGGACAUGCUGAAGAUACCUAUCUCCAUGGAGGAGAAGGAAGACGAUGAGCCAAUUGGGAUAGACUUUUCCCUAAAGAGUGAAACGGUAGCCAUCUGUGUCGUAACUGCCGACAAAUCUCUCCUGGAGGAUGCAGAGGCCAAAAACGAAUAAGAGUUUUGUUGAAAUUCUUAAUCAAACCUGACUUAACCCAUGAUGAGAAAGUGGGAGGGCUGGCAUGGGCUGAGAAGGGAGGGACAGAAAAAAAAUAAAGAAAUAAAGAAAGAGAGAAGACAGAACAAAGCUGCUUUUUAGGGACUGAACAAUCUAUUUUCAAAGCACUGGUACCUGUGUGAGUGAGUAUGUAAAUUAAAGUUAUUUAAAUGGUUGGAAUAUGUGGCUCCUUUUCCAUCACUCCAUCUUUUUCUUCUGGAUCUUCACCAUGGAAGUUUCCUCCGCUGCGGAUGUGGGAAUACCUUCUGUGGGCACGGUGCGUUCCAUGGUCCCCUUGGACAGUCUACGGAAACACACGCUCCGGGACAGUGGAAGACGUCUCCAAGGGGAACAACUUUUUGGCGCACAACUUUCUGUGCGUUUUUCUAGUUUUAAUACCUUAAGCUUUUUCAAGACCUAACUGCAGCCGCUUUGGGGAAAAUAAUAAUAAUAAUAACAAGACAAAAAAAAUAAAAACCAGAAAACAAAAAAAGAACUGCUUUGCAUAAAACAGUCACCUGUUUCCUAGUACCUCAAACUUAACCAAGGGAAUUCUCUGCAUUUCUCAGUACUACCUGUCGUCCUGUGGUUAAAUGUAGAGAGAACUGCUGGGCAAGAUGGUGAAUGGAGGGGGAAAUAAAAAGAGUUUUAAAGAAAGGAACACAAAUUGUGCUUAAAAUCCCCGUGUGGGUUUUAUUUCUUAAAAUACUGUGAUUUUUUUAAUUAUUUUAGUAAAAAACAAAACAAAACAAAAAAACAGAAACAGACUUUAAUUAUUAGAUCACUGUUUGUGAAUGGUCAUCCUUACUCCAGGUAAGCUGUUUAUUCGUGUUCAACUAUAAUUUAGAUUUCAGUAGCUUCAUGUGAACUAAUUUUAAGGUGAUGGUGGCAUUUUGUUUGCCACCUGUUUAUUUUCUAUCCAGUUGAGUGUUACAAACACAGCACAAGGUUUUUUUCAUUACUUGUUUGUGUGUGUAUGUGUAUGUGUGUGUUGUUUGUUACUGUUUUAAUUCGAGGGCAAGGGAGAUUUAGUUUCUUUGUGAAUAGGAAUGUUUUUAUUUUAAACAUGGAAAUAACAACAUAAAAAAGUUAACCUCUUUUGUUUUUCUUUUUAAUUUAAUGAUAGAACCAAACUUUCAGCACAGCUAUACCAUCUAUAGCCAGGCAAAGAGGUCCUCUUCACUCUUUUUGUUGUUUAUCAAAUUAACACCUUAUUUGUCUCACAUCCAUAAUUUCUUAGGAUGGCUGACUUUUGUUUGCAAUGUAUUUUGUAGGGGUUACUCAUUUGUUUGGGGGACCAAGGGGGACAUGCUAGAGUCUGUUCCCUUUGGCGAGAGUGGACAAGAAAUGAUAGAUAAACUACAAGGAGCCUGGAGAACUACUUUUUUGAUUUGUUGUUUUUGUUUUUAAAUUUAGUUGUCAGCUGCUCUGUUUCCUUGUAUUCACUUUUUCUGGAGGAAGCAGCUUAAACUGAAGCUAAGCCUACAUUUAUAAUAUGUUCUGAUUGUGAACAAAAGAGUUUCAUUCCAAAAAGUAGGAAAGAACUUUUCUUAAACCCUAGGUUUUAGAAGUUGGUGUGUGAGCUUGUGUGUGUUUGUGAGUGUGUGUGUGCGCGUGCGCGUGUUUGUGUGCAUGCGCAUGUGUGUGCCAAUGUGUUCACACACGUGCAUGUAUGAGUCUUGGUUUUCAUGAUUUUGGUGGUGUUUUUUUUUUUUAACUUGGAAUGGGAGGGGGAGGGAAGGGAAGGAAGGGCAGGGGAUGACCAUGUCCCACACAGCUUCAAAGAAAAUCCAUGGAAGAUGUUGCAUUUGUGGAAUGAUUGCUUACUUGAAAAGCAUGUUCUUUAUUUUCUUGCUGUUAAGAAUUUUUAUUUGUAGAUUUAAUUUAAUUUUUUUCCCUUAGGGAUGAGGGCCAUCAUAUGGAAAUCAGAAAAAGGGGAAGUGUGAACUCUAGACAAAGAUUCAUGAUUCAUUUUUGUGUCCAUAUUUGUUUUUAAUUGGCCUCAUUUCAAAUGUGCUAAACAGUUUCAUACCUGGAUUGGGUGUUUGUAAUGGCUACCAAAAAAAAAACAGAAAGAAAAAAC